AUGAACGUGAACCAUUUUUUGGGUCCCAUGGGGGUGAAUGGUGCCCUCACCGAAGAAGGCCGAGCACAACUAGAAGGCAUCAUCGCACACCACCAGCAGAUUGUCGUCGAAAUUGAAGCUGAGGCAGCUAUAGCUUUGGAGGCAUUGAAAACUCUGACGAAGCAGCGAAACGAGGCACACGCAUGGUUGGCUUCAUUGAGCACCACUGUGGACAAAGGUUCGCUGCCCCAAGUCAUAAAACAUGAAGAGGCUCUCCUUGGAGAUAUCGACGAACGAAUGAUGAAUGUAGAAGGCGAACUCCAUUGUCUAGGUGGAUUGGAGGACGAGGACGUCACAUAUUCUGAUAACUAUCCUCAGCCUGAACCUUCCGACGAUGUCAAACGUGACAUCGAGCAGAACCGACGAGAACUGCGGCAGCUUUCGGAUGAUUAUCAAAAUAUCUCAAAGCAGUUGGCCCUACACCGGGACCAACUCUCGCCGAUACGCAAGGUUCCUCCAGAGAUCAUUCGUCUCAUAUUCCUCUUCUGGGAUGUUGACAGACCUCGCCGUCGAACAGCAACGUAUGUGUCUCCGAAUGUUCUUACCGGCGUUUGUAUCGCCUGGAAGAACAUCGCACUGGGCACACCCGAGCUAUGGGCUUCGAUUUCAGUCGAGAUCCAAAAGGGAGUGUGUUACCCCGACAAAAGAGUCGUCGAAGCAUGGUUGGAGCAUUCUGGUUCCUGUCCUCUUUCAAUUUCUAUCGAAGAGCGAGAUCCAUUCCUCCGCAGCAGUCGCGCUGGGAUUGACUACACUCUUCCCACCAUACUUACCACCGAACCUGAUUCCGAGGAUCCAAUCGAUUCAGUAGUUUCGUCCAUGUUCGAGGUCUUCAUCCCCCAUCACGCCCGAUGGCAGAAAGUCCGUAUACGAUACAAAGAUGCAUGGUCGGAGAAAACCGGGUUCGCUUCAUUGCCCAAGGACACCUCGUUCCCCUUGCUCGAAGAAUUAUACUUGGAGAAAAGUUACUGGUUGGAACAGGACGACGUGGAUCGCAUCACAUCCACGAUGCUCUCCGCACCACGGCUUCAUUCCGUCAGUUGGCUGAGCCAGAAGCCGUUCACGACGCUCACCUUUCCCUGGGCGCAGCUCACGCACUUUUGGCUGGGCCACAUCAUAUCGAUGACUGAGGGUCUCCGCAUCAUCACAUCCUGCCCUCAGCUCACAUCUUUAGAGCUGACGCUCAUUCUUCCCGUUCAAGAUACAUUCACAAACGGCUCUGACCCAAUUGUUCACAACAAUCUACAACGUCUCCAUCUAAGCACGGCAGGCGACCUCGGAAUUCUCUUUGACAAGCUCACACUACCAGCUUUGAAUGAUCUUUCGCUCUCUGAGGUCCACGGGUCCUUCCCCAACAUUACCCCCGUACACAUCAUUCACUGGCCACAAUCCCAGUUCCUUGCGUUCCUCCUUCGUUCUGUGUGCACCGUCAAACACUUUAUCAUACAAGAAUGCGAUAUCUCCGCGGAGGAGAUGCUGGAGUGCCUUGCACAUCCGCAGAUAUCAACAUGGUUGGAUUCGCUGUCUAUCACGGAAGAUCAUCAAAAGCAUUUAUGUGUGACGGAAGAGGUGUUGAGGCGGUUGACGCAUACCACCUUCGCAGAAAAGGUUCUGCAUAGUGGGGACAAUGUGCCGGCGGAGGAGACCAAUACCGAGACGCUCUGUCCGAAUCUCAGCACCAUCAAGCUAUGGGGAUGCAUCUCUGCCCAGGACGGGAGAGUGGCGGAUAUGGUUGAGUCGAGGUGGUUAUCGGCCGAGGAUUGCCCCGUCAAGCAAUUGAAGAUGGCGGUCAUUGGGUUUUUCGCUAACGCGUGUCAUACGGAGGAUUGUGCACGGUUGCAGGCGUUGAAUCGGAGGAGGUUUGGGAUCACGUAUCUUCGACUUUGAUAUGAUAUGAGGGUUCCUCGUUGCGAGCUUUUGAAGUACAUUCAUCACCAGAAAAAAACUACUAGAAAGAACCCCGUGCAAUUUCUCGGGCGAACGAGCCAGUGCCAGGAGGAAAAGACCAAUACACCCCGAGCCCAUCAAUGGCCUCUUGAGCGUCUCCCCGAUUCACCAAUCCAGCAUCCACCAGAUCUAGUACAACGAUGGAGAGCCAGUACCGACAUCCUUCACCCACCGGAGCAAACCUAUACACAUCUCUUUUCUUCGUGAUCAAGACAUCUAGAACCGUCGCAACAUUACACCCCUCACCAAUCACAGGAAGCGACUUGUGAAAGACGUUGUAGGCGUCAUAAUUGACCCGUUCCGUGUCAAGCAUAACCAUCGCAACAUCGUUAUCGUCUGGAGCGACGUCAACGUGGACCGAGGAGCUCGGUGAUGUUUCGAGGUACAUGGUCCAGUGGUUGGUGGGUUGUUGCCCGUCGCUACCUGAGUUGUCCUCGUUUGGGUGGGCGAUGAAGUGGAUGUGGGAAAUGGGGAGGGAGAGGCUGGUUUUGGAGAAUUGGCUUAUUCCCCAGUGGUCGUUUACGGUGUUGAAGAUGUGGUUUUGGACUUUUUCUUCGACUGGAUUCGAUGUUGG